AGAGUAGGGAGAGUCGAUGUAAUAAAGGAAAACGGUUGGUUCGACGUCAUUUCCGGAAGGUUUGUCGACUAGCUGGGGCACUGAAUUCAUCUUUAGUUCUUACCAUUUGGACUUCUCGUUUUAACUUAAACUACACAUAAUGUCUGGCCGUGGAAAGGGAGGCAAAGUUAAGGCUAAGGCCAAGUCCCGCUCCAGCCGUGCUGGACUUCAGUUUCCAGUAGGUCGUAUCCACCGUAUGCUUCGCAAGGGUAAUUAUGCAGAGCGUGUUGGUGCAGGUGCCCCUGUUUACCUUGCUGCUGUGAUGGAGUAUUUGGCUGCUGAAGUUCUUGAGUUGGCUGGUAAUGCUGCCAGAGACAACAAAAAGACUAGGAUCAUUCCAAGACAUCUGCAGUUGGCCAUCCGUAAUGACGAAGAAUUGAACAAACUCCUGUCUGGAGUUACCAUUGCUCAAGGUGGUGUGUUGCCCAAUAUUCAAGCAGUUCUCCUCCCUAAGAAAACAGAAACUGCGCCUGCUGGAGGCUCUAAGGGGGCCUCAAAAGGAAAGGCCAAUUCUCAAGAGUACUAAGUUUGUCUGAGUCCCAGUUUGAUUUUCAUCUCUAAAUGUGUUCCAGCCCUCCAGGAAUUUUGAAUUUUCCAUUUUAUUUGCUUAAGUCUUAAUACUUUGAUCAAAUUCCCCUGUAAGUCCCUUGUCAUCCAGGAAAAAAUAAAAGCAAUUUAUGCUACAAAA